AUGGGUAAAGAAAAGUUUCAUAUCAAUAUUGUGGUCAUUGGUCAUGUCGACUCUGGAAAAUCGACCACCACUGGUCACUUGAUCUACAAGCUUGGUGGAAUUGACAAGCGUGUGAUCGAGAGGUUCGAGAAGGAAGCUGCUGAGAUGAACAAGAGGUCCUUCAAGUACGCAUGGGUCUUGGACAAACUUAAGGCCGAGCGUGAGCGUGGUAUCACCAUCGAUAUUGCCCUCUGGAAAUUCGAGACCACCAAGUACUACUGCACAGUCAUUGACGCUCCUGGACAUCGUGAUUUCAUCAAAAACAUGAUUACUGGUACCUCCCAGGCCGAUUGUGCUGUCCUCAUCAUUGACUCCACCACUGGAGGUUUCGAGGCUGGUAUCUCCAAGGAUGGUCAGACCCGUGAGCACGCUCUUCUUGCUUUCACCCUCGGUGUCAAGCAGAUGAUUUGCUGCUGUAACAAGAUGGACGCCACCACCCCCAAGUACUCGAAGGCCAGGUACGACGAGAUCAUCAAGGAGGUGUCUUCCUACUUAAAGAAGGUCGGAUACAACCCUGACAAAAUCCCAUUCGUGCCCAUCUCUGGUUUCGAGGGUGACAACAUGAUUGAGAGGUCCACCAACCUCGACUGGUACAAGGGCCCAACUCUCCUCGAAGCUCUUGACCAGAUCAACGAGCCCAAGAGGCCAUCAGACAAGCCCCUCCGUCUCCCACUUCAGGAUGUCUACAAGAUCGGUGGUAUUGGAACGGUGCCCGUGGGACGUGUUGAGACCGGUAUGAUCAAGCCCGGUAUGGUUGUUACCUUCGCUCCUACAGGGCUGACCACUGAGGUCAAGUCUGUCGAGAUGCACCACGAGUCUCUCCUUGAGGCACUUCCAGGUGACAAUGUCGGGUUCAACGUCAAGAAUGUUGCCGUCAAGGAUCUCAAGCGUGGUUACGUUGCGUCCAACUCCAAGGAUGACCCUGCCAAGGGUGCUGCCAACUUCACCUCCCAGGUCAUCAUCAUGAACCACCCAGGUCAGAUCGGUAACGGAUACGCCCCAGUGCUCGAUUGCCACACCUCCCACAUUGCAGUCAAGUUCUCUGAGAUCUUGACCAAGAUCGACAGGCGUUCCGGUAAGGAGAUCGAGAAGGAGCCCAAGUUCUUGAAGAAUGGUGACGCUGGUAUGGUGAAGAUGACUCCCACCAAGCCCAUGGUGGUCGAGACCUUCUCUGAGUACCCACCUCUUGGACGUUUCGCCGUCAGGGACAUGAGGCAGACUGUUGCUGUCGGAGUCAUCAAGAGCGUCGACAAGAAGGACCCAACCGGUGCCAAGGUGACCAAGGCUGCCGUCAAGAAGGGUGCCAAGUGA